UGUGUCCAUGUUAUACAUUGAAAGUCUUAGUAGCGUAGAGCCACGGUAUUUCAACAAUUUCACAAAAGACCACCUGGUCAUGAAUCUGAACAGCAAAAGUACCACUCUAACAAUAAAUGCAUGUGAGUAUUUCUGAUUCUGGCUUCUACUUUUGUGGAGCUACAGAUUAUCAAGUACAUUUUGGCAGUGGAACACAGCUUGAAGUUAAAGAAAAGAAAGUCAUAAUAAUGAAAAAUGACACAGAAAUCUCAAAAAAAGAUAAUGAGAAAUAUCUUGUGUCUACUAAGGAGUGUUCUCAAGACAUCUUUUUCAAACUGACCCUCUUAUUUGGUGGCAUAAUUGUUUGUACAUUUAUCAUAUCUCUCAUCAUUGCCAUUAUCAGGCAACACAAAAGACAGAAGCAGAAAAAAGUCACUGAAUGUCAAGAACAACACAUUGAUGACAAGGAGCCAGAUUCAGUUGAAUAUGCUGCAGUUCAUUUCUCAAUGAAACCCAGGACAGCAGGAAGACACACUGAGGAUACAAUAGUUAUGUACACAGACAGCACAUGAAACACAAGUCCAGUUGUGUCACUACAUUAGGGGCAGGUGGGGCUGAACUACUAGAUGUGGCUCUGUUUUGCAAAAUUCGUGGCAUAUUCAUACAUUUAUUUUAAGAAAUAAUUUAUGUUCUACAUCUAAAACUUGUUUUAUGUCCAUUGUACAAGGCAACAGUAUAUAUUCUUUUGAGAAAUUAUUUAAUUAUUAACUUCGGUUGCAUUAAAGCCAUUUAAUUGUUAUCAUUUACUUUGCGUGGGGCUAGCUGGUCGUCGUCAGUGUUAAUCAACCUAGAUCUGGAGAACAUCAUGGGCAUGUGCUACAAGCAUUCUUGAUGGCCUGAUGGGGCACAUUUGCAUUUCCAAAAAAUGCUUUGAUCAUAUGUAUGUCAAGCUGUUGUGUUCCUCGGAAGAUACCGCUCUUGAGUGCAGACCUUAGUGAACUUCACUGGUAAGAUUUAAAAGACUACUUAUCUGCCACUUGACAGACUGAGUUGUAAAAUGUCCUUCAUGGCCUAUUUUUAUCUGUCAUACUUGUUUUCAUUUUAAGUCAUAGGGCUACAUUCUGGGGGCGUGGUAUCCAUUAUAAUGGCAUAUAGAUCACAGUGGAUAGGCCUAAAAAAUAUAUUUUUUGACUCCCAUGUUUGAGCCUGGAGAAACCACUGAUGUCUAGGGUGACAUUUCUACCU